CCAUCAUCUCCAUUUGACUAUCAAUCCCGACAUUCACCCAAUAAAAAAAACCCUUUUUGAAAAAGAAAACAAAAUGUCAUCCCGACCCACCGUCCUACUCAUCGGCUGCGGCGUCGCCGGCCCCGUGCUCGCGCUCCUCCUCAAACAAAAAGGCUACCACCCGAUCGUGUUCGAGAAAGUGGCAGCCCUAGGUGACGCCGGUGCAUCGCUGAUGCUGAACCCGAAUGGACUGAAAGUCCUCUCCCUCGUCAACGGGAUCCCAAGCCUCGAGCACCCCAUCACCACCUUCUGGCACGGCACCCCCUCUGGCACCACUCUAGUCACCUCCGACCUGCCCCGGAGCUAUCCCACCCGCUACGGCCACUCCGCCCGGGGCGUCAAGCGCACGGCCCUGAACCUGCACCUGAAACAGCUCCUCCUCGACGCGGGCAUCGAACUCCGCGAGGGAUGGCAACUCAAUUCCAUCACCGAGAACACCGACUCCGUCACCGCUGGAUUCACCAACGACCAGACCGCCACAGGGACAUUCCUGAUCGGAUCCGACGGGAUCAAAGCCGCCUCGCGGCGUCUCAUCCUCCAGAAGGAGAACCCGGCAACGGGAGAGGGAGAAGGCCCCCCCACUUUCACCGGGUUGAUCCAGGUAGCUGGUAUCUCCAGAACCACACGCGAGAGCCCUCGCGGUCGAAUGGGCAAUUAUUACGGCGAGGGAGUCCACGUCAUCGUGUAUCCGGUUUCCGCAUCGGAGGUGUCGUGGGCCGUUACCAUGUCGCAGGACAAGGAGAUGGCCGAGUCGUGGCAGUCGGAGGGAGCGGAGGGGUUACAGGCGCGGAAGAAGAUGUUGGAGGAGAAGUUGGCCGGUUUUGAAGACACUGUGUUGGAACUUGUGCGCGAUGCGGACCGCAUCAUCUCGUUUGGCCUGUUCGAUCGACAGGAGCUCGAGGCGGAGCAGUGGUUCUCGAAGCGCUGUGUGUUGGUCGGUGAUGCGGCGCAUCCGACCAGUCCGCAUCUGGGACAGGGGGCGAAUCAGGCUUUAGAGGACUGCUAUCAUCUCAGUCGUUUGCUUCCCAAUGUGGACGGUGACAGUGCAGAUUAUUCGCUGGCGGAGACGGGCCUGAAGGCUGUAUUUAGCGAGUUCGCGCGGCUUCGACAGCCCCGGACCUCGGCGUUGGUGAAAGAGGCUCGUCGGCUGGGACAUGAACAGCGCGUGGUUUUCGGGGCGGAACGCUGUCGAGAGCGCGAUGCCCGCCUUGUGGCUGCUUGGAGUGAUCCGGAGAAGGUCUUCGAGGGGAUGGAUCGGUUGCUGAAAGAGCCAUUCUAGGCUU